UUUGUACAAAUUGUAGGACACUUUUCAAUGAAUCCACCGGCUCCGCGUGGACGUGCGCCUUCCAGAUUCAUACGUGGACGUGGUCGUGGAGGUGGAGGCUAUCGGCCUUACUUUUAUUUCCGCCGCAAUGGCCGCGUCAUCCCUGCACGCGGGAAUCGCCAACCGGGCCAAGAGGCAGAGGCGGGCACGAGCGCCGGGGCGGCUGAAAAUCGGCUGCCUCCGGCAAGAGGAUGGAAUCGUCCGGCCAGUAAGCGCGGUCGCGACACCAACCUAGACUGCAGCUUUCUCCGGCCCGAGAACUAUGCAGCUCCAGAGGAUGGCCUGCAAGUGCAGAGCAUAGCGGUUGACAAUCCGAAGGCCUGUCCCGGCUGGCGGUUGUACUUUCUGCGCGACACCUACACGGAGGACAGUGACCAGGCCAAACGCAUCACUGCCGUGGAGGCACACUACCAGCGGAAUCCUCAGAAGUACGACUUUGUGCGGAUACGAGAGCAGGGAUUCUUCAAGCUGCCCGCCCUCGGCAUCGUCCACGACGAGCAAUUGAAGAAGGUGUGGCCCCGGCUGGCGGAGGAUCUGCGCGAGCACCCACAGCGCAGCCUGUCCACCCUGGCCGUGGCCAUGCACACGGUAGUGAUCAAUCACAACUUGGACGCGAAUGACACGUCAGCCCCCCUGGAGCAGUCCAGCCUGGAGCAGUAUGUGCCUCCGCCGACCCGCACCCGAAAAAUUUACGUGCGCCCCGAGGACUUUACGCCAGUGGAGCUAACGACCGGCAUUAGUGCCGACCGCGUGGACACGUUCUUCUCGGUCCGCGGCAUUGUCAGCAGCGUGGGUGAACCAACGUACAGCAUAGCCUGGCAAUCGUUUCGCUGCUCCCGGUGCCAGACGGAGCAGGCGAUGCGUCAGCGUGGGUCCUUCCAACCCCGCCCCUACCAUUGCAAGCAGGCGCAGUGUGUGGCCAAGGAUAGCUUUGUGCCGCUCCGAAGCUCGCCCUACACGCGCAUCUCGGCCAAGCAGAUCGUUCGCCUGGAGGAGUCGAGUCUGUCGCUAAUCGCGGACUAUGACAGCAUACUUCCUGGGGAGAUAGAUGUGGAGCUGCGCCACGAUCUGGUGGACUGCGUCCACGUGGGCCAGGAGAUAGUCGUCAACGGAGUGCUCAAACUGCGCGAUCUAGGCGAAGAUGUGACCACCGCCACUGGAUCUGUGGCAGGGGAUUCCAACGAGUUGAAGGCCUACCUCAAGGCAGCGAGCGUCCAGGAUGCGCGCCACAAGAAGCGAGAGUUCAGCGAGCGCGACCUAGAGGCCAUUGCCAUGAUCAAUGCGGAGCCGAACAGCUUCAAGCUGCUGGUGCAGUCCCUGGCUCCCGAGGUGCAUGGCCACGAGCUGCCCAAGGCCGCCUGUCUGCUCUCCCUUCUCGGAGGCGGCGCUGGAGGGGUCAAUGUGCUGCUUGUGGGCGAUCCCGGCAUCGGCAAGUCCAAAAUCUUACAGAACUGCGCGCAGAUCACGGAGCGAGGCUCGCACAUUAGCGGAAAACGCGGCGCCCAAUCCGCCCAGAGACUGGGGCCGACCUUCACGGGACGAAACAAGCGCGUGCUCCAGGCCGGGGGCCUCAUGACGGCGAGCAGUCCGGGCCACUGCACCCUAGACGAUGUGGACAAGCUGGCCUCGAAGCAGGCCGUGCUCCUGCAGUGCAUGCAGUCGGGCGAGAUCAAUAUGCCGCUGCCGGGCGCCUUCUCCACGUUCCUGGCCCAGCCCUCGAUCAUUGCUUGUGCGAAUCCCCAGCGAGGACAGUAUGAUGAGGGGCGCUACCUGCUGCAGAACAUCCACAUCGUGCCCUCCCUGCUCAAGGAGUUCCAUCUGGUGUAUGUCCUGCUGGACAAGCCCUCGGUCGUGCGCGACAUAUCCCUGACGGCUCAUGUGCGCGCCCUCCACGCGGGGGCCAAGAAGCGCGCACAGAUCGCGGCGCGCUAUGCGCUCAAGCCUAAGACCAGCGACUCCAUGUGCGAGGGCACCUUCUACGAUGUGAGGACCGAUGACGACAGCGAGGACAACGACAGCAUCAUGCAGCAGGACUACGAUCUGGACAAGCGACUCGAGCUGCAGGAGGAGGACGCUGAACUGGAUCUCCUGCCACCUAUACUCAUCAAGAAAUUCCUGGCCUAUGCCCGCCAGAAUGUGAAUCCGUUGCUGAACGAGGCGGCCAGCCGCUCCAUCGUGCGAUUCUUCAUGAAGCUGCGCGAAGGCGGUAGGACUGGAGGAGGGGAGGAUACCGAGCAGAGCCAGCUUGGGUCGGGGCAACUUCUCGGCCUGAUUCACUUAUCCCAGGCCCGAGCGCGUCUGGAUUUGUCCAACGUGGUCACGCCGCAACACGUGCGUGAUGUAAUCGCCCUGCUAACCGAGAGCAUCACCGAGACCAGUCUCAAGGCGGAAGGCUGCGGCGAGAUGAGACGCGGCUCGCGUAAAGUGGCCGCCGUCGGAGGAGGCGGAAGAGCCUCUCAAUUGCGUAACUUUGUCCACAUGAUGCAGUUGCGGGCCGUGGCGCUGGGACGGCGCAUCUUCGAGUUCGAGGAGCUGAAGGAGAUUGGGACGCGAGCGGGUAUCUUGACGGGCAUCAGCCAGCUGGUGGAGAUAGCCAACAUGGGCGGACAUUUGCUCAAGAAGGGCGUAAACAUGUACGAAGUGGUUCCGGACUAGACAAAUGGCAGUGUCAAUAUUUGUAAUUGAUAUUUAUUUAAGUUGAGGCGUCUGGACGUUGCUUCUAAGUAGAACUCUACGCUCGUUAAAUGUUUACGCUUUUAUCAAUUUCCCGCGUUAAUUUGUUGAGAUUACAACACGGACCAGUAGCCCCCGAUUGGUUUAUCAAAUGGGAUUCCCUUGAUCAUGCCUCAUCAAUACCCAGAAGUUUUCUUUGGUUCUGUCAAAAACCCCAUUUUUGUUGUAUACUUUGAGGAGAAAAAUUCAAAAUAAUAUAAACACUCUAUAUCCUG